GACGCAGGGAGACAGAGACUACAGAGCCGACACUGAUCCAGUACUAGCACCGCCCACCCACACCGUUAUAACCGCUACACCUGUUUAAUGUGACUGGGAGCGUGGUAGAGGAACGAUGGUGUAGAUCGUGUAGAUUUUCUCCGAGAUUUUGUAAAUGUAAUUCCUUUACAUUGGCGCAUCCGUGAGCGCAAGCGGCGCUUGGUUUUUCCGUCCCGACAACCGCCUCCUCUUUGAGAGAUACGAGCCGAUGCGAUUCUUCAGACUCACCUUCAAGUGUUUCGUGGAUUGUUUUUGAAGGUGCCCUUUUAAUCCGGUGAUAAUUUUUGUUUUCUUUCGCGCGAUCCUGAUCCAUCCUCGUUUUAUUCUUUUUUUUCUAGUAGAUUGCCAAUUUCUCCGAACUGCCUCUCGUCGUCAAAUAUUUGACACUGAUCUGAUCAAAUAAAUAAUUAGGCCUAUUUGUGAAAAGAAUAAUUAUCCAGACUUUAAAAUAAAACCCCAGAGGACCAGCUCCUGUCAAAUCUGAACAGGUUAGCCGACAGAAGAACAAGGACAUAUUUGGUGUCAAUCAAGAAAAUUGACUCAAGCCAAACCUAAAAGGAACAAAGAGACUUGGGAUUAUUGUCAAUCCCACAAAUCCUAACAGACUGUAAAACCACAAUUUUUGGAUCUCCUUAGGGCGUUUUUGUGUGUUUGUGUGUGUGCGUGUGUGGGUUAGGAUGGAAAAGAGCGCGUUUAAUACAGAUUCCUGCGCUACCGAUCUGGCGCUGGCAGAAGAAAAGAAAGGCCACUUCAUUCCCAACGGGAACCACCGUGGCGCUAAUGUCAAGUUGAUCGGGGCACCGGGCCAACAAAAGCCGGUCUACCCAGAGAGAGAGACAUGGACCCGGCAAAUGGACUUCAUCAUGUCCUGCGUGGGCUUUGCGGUUGGAUUGGGAAAUGUGUGGCGUUUCCCUUACCUCUGCUACAAGAACGGUGGAGGAGUGUUUCUCAUUCCCUAUGUGUUAUUUAUAUUUCUCGGCGGUAUUCCUAUUUUCUUCCUUGAGAUUGCUCUGGGCCAGUUCAUGAAGGCUGGAAGCAUCAACGUGUGGAACAUCGCGCCACUCUUUAAAGGACUGGGUUUUGCCUCCAUGGUCAUUGUGUUCUUUUGCAACACCUACUACAUCAUGGUUCUGGCCUGGGGUUUCUAUUACCUCAUUAAAUCCUUCAGCUCGACGCUGCCCUGGUCCACCUGUGAUAACGAGUGGAACACAGAGAGCUGCAUUGAAAUCUUCCGCCAUGAAGACUGCCAGAAUGGCACCAUUGGCAACUCCACCUUCGGAAACAUGACCUGCGAGGAGCUUGCUAAUGGCCGCUCGCCAAUCAUCGAGUUCUGGGAGAAUAAAGUGUUGAAUAUCUCAAAUGGCCUGGAUGAUACGGGUGCGCUGAACUGGGAGAUGAUCUUGUGUCUGCUGGCUGUCUGGGUUAUGGUUUACUUCUGUGUGUGGAAGGGGGUGAAGUCGACUGGCAAGAUUGUGUAUUUCACUGCCACGUUCCCUUAUGUUGUCCUGAUCAUUCUCCUGGUGAGAGGUGUGACCCUACCUGGAGCUUAUGAUGGCAUCAUGUAUUAUCUCAAACCAGACUGGUCCAAGCUUGAAGAGCCACAGGUCUGGAUCGAUGCUGGCACUCAAAUCUUCUUUUCUUACGCCAUCGGGCUUGGUGCCCUCACUGCUCUUGGCAGCUAUAACCGAUUCAACAAUGACUGCUACAAGGAUGCUUUUGUGUUGGCCAUGAUAAACAGCGGUACCAGUUUCUUUGCUGGAUUUGUGGUUUUCUCCAUCCUGGGCUUCAUGGCAUCUGAGCAGGGAGUGGACAUAUCUAAAGUGGCAGAAUCAGGGCCCGGUCUGGCGUUCAUUGCGUAUCCUAAAGCCGUGUCGCUGAUGCCUGUGGCACCUGUCUGGGCCGCCCUGUUCUUCUUCAUGCUGCUUCUGCUCGGCCUGGACAGUCAGUUUGUUGGAGUGGAAGGUUUUGUAACCGGCAUUCUAGAUCUUUUCCCUGAAAAGUUUUACAUGCGCUACCAGCGAGAAGUCGCUGUGGCAAUCUGUUGUUUUUUGUGCUUCAUUAUUGAUCUCUCCAUGGUUACACAGGGGGGAAUGUACGUCUUCCAGCUUUUUGAUUAUUAUUCAGCCAGUGGAAUGACCCUGUUGUGGCAGGCAUUCUGGGAAUGCGUGGUUGUCGCCUGGGUUUAUGGUGCUGAUAAGUUUAUGGAUGACAUUGCCCGUAUGAUCGGUUACCGGCCUUUUCCUUGGAUAAAGUGGUGCUGGUCAUUUAUCACUCCAUGUGUUUGCAUGGGUAUAUUUCUGUUCCACCUGCUGAACUACAAGCCUCUUACCUACAACAAUGUGUACGUGUACCCGUGGUGGGGGGAGGUGAUCGGCUGGUGUCUGGCCCUCUCCUCCAUGCUCUGCAUCCCCGUUAGCCUUCUCUACAAGUUGGCUGGAGCCAAGGGAUCCUUCAAGGAGCGCUGGGCAAGUCUGACCAAACCAGUGUGGGGCAGCCAUCACCUGGAAUACAUGGCGCCCGACACAGACAUCAAGAGCCUGUCCUCGCUGUCUCCGGGCACUGAAGAGAGCAAGGUCAUCAUUUUUGAGAGCGUCAUGUAGGAGGAUGAUCUACAGGAUGGUCUGCGCCUGCCCUCCAAUGACAAGCUGUUUGUGAUGGCUGCCUGGAUUUCCAUUCUAAAACCAUUAAAAGCUCAGUUUAAUACAGCUCAGUUCUUAUGAAGUAAAUGUGCAAGUGAAAGUUUACAGAACGUUGAUGGCUAAUUUGCUCCACAUCAGUGUACUGAAAACACUCAAUGGUCAAUGCAUAGUGCAUUACAUUGGGGGGUUUACCAUGUUUACUUCAUCCCAUCUGAAAAUGGCAUCAUUUGGUGUCCAAAUAACAGCUAUGUUUGAAAUGGCAUAGUAUGUAUAUUACUUAUUGUCCAAAAUAGUUUGUAGUACACAGUACGUAAAUAACAUAGCAAUUUCAUGCCCAUGCCCAAUGCAUUUUCCUGGAAGUUUCCUGGAUUCCUGGUCCUACUGUUACCAACAGUGCAGCAGCUAUAAAUGUGAAGACUUGGGUGAGUGCUGCACAGCAAUAUAGGUCCUUUAAAGUUUACCCUGGAUAAUUUAUCAGCUAAUUUAAUGGUGUUCACUGGUGAAAUUUGCUUGAACAAUUUAAAUUGUGGCUGCACCAGUUAGUAAUAAAAUCCACCCACAAAAGUCUUUCCUGCAGUCAACAAAACUAGUUUACUUGCUAAUAAUAGCCCUACAGACUUUCUUAAGUCAAAUAAUUAGCUUGGCUUACAGUUAAAGAUUUAAAGAACUAUCCCCAUUCACUUAGCUAGGCACCUGGUUUCAUAUGUUAAUGGGUUUACAAAGUUGGCAGCUGAGUGACCACACUGACCAUCAAGGACUUUGUUGUAUACAGCACAGUGGCACAGUAUGUAGUAUACGAGUAUGCCAUUUCAUCCUUAUUAACCAUAACACACUUCCUCAGUUGUUGUCAAAGACUAGGGAGUAUAGCCCCCAGGAAGCCUUGAUUCAAUUUGUAACUGUUCACUUUAAAAUGAUUUGUCCAUUCAGCAGAAAGCGAGCUGUAAAUCAGUCCAUUUAGCAUCAUGCUAUCAGCUUGUCCUUGGACUGGAGGAGAAUGUACGUCAUGGAAGUAGGUCAGGCAGGGCAGAGGAAGUUGAAGUGUAGCUCUAUCACCUGUUCAUCAUCACCUCCUUACCCAUCCAAACAGGGCAGAAUUCCCACAAUCCUCCUCACAGAUGCAUUAGCUGUAUGUGUAUAGCUUUAUAUAAGAAGGAUGUAUUUAUAAUGCAUAUACGCUGUUUAAACUACACUCCUAAUUUAAUCCACAAUUAGAUUUAAUGAGUCAUAAUUGGACAUUAUUGGGUCCACUAUGUUUAAACCUAAGGGCCAAUGUGGGUUAUAUAGGAUUAUUCUCCCCUAUGUAGUCAACUUUUACUAAUAUAGUAUUACUUUUUUAAAAGUGUAUUUAUGUAUAUAUAUUUUUAAGUUAGUCUAAUAGAAUAAAAGUGCUUUAAGUAUUUAACAGUAAAAAUUAGUUUUAAAAAGUAAAAAUAUAGUAAACAGUAAAAAAAAUAGUCAUUUUGAUUUUAUAUUUCUUUUAUCGCCCAGCUGCAACGAAGGCAUCUGUAAAACUAGUAAAAAAAAAAAAGUCUGCAUUUUGUGUUAAACUGUUUGUUUUAAUGUCAUAACGUCUGUGCCAAACAGAAUGCCUGCCGUCUCCGAAAGGAUUCGGUUGCCAUAAACAAUCCACGUUUUAUCUGCCUAGUAGGUAUUGUAUGCGUCUUGUCAAUAAAUUAUUAAUGAUACAUGAUUUAAUAACGUCUGAUGCUGAAUGAAGGAAUGGACCUGUAUGUAGGUGCUUAUGACUAUCAAUUCUGCAUUUUGCACAUUUUUCAAUACCAGGUUCUUGGUAAAUACAAAUGUGAACACUGCAUUCAGAAUUGGAAUAGUUUACAUGCUUACACACUGUGCAUUGUAAUCCUGAAUAAACUUCAUAUCUCAUGAUAAAAA